CAUAGAGGAAUCAUUGAUUGCAAAUUGAAUGCAGAAGCCACCGCCGCUUCCUCCGGACGUCUCUCUUGGCGACGUUCUCUCAUACCGUGCUGCAGCAGUUAAUCUUUCUCCGGGGACACCAGUCCGACCCACGAGCAUCUUGGUGGUUGGAGCCACUGGAACUUUGGGAAGACAAAUCGUCCGGCGAGCUUUAGAUGAGGGUUAUGAUGUCAGGUGUUUGGUCAGACCAAGACCAGCUCCCGCCGAUUUCCUCCGUGAUUGGGGCGCCACCGUCGUCAAUGCGGAUCUUAGUAAACCGGAGACAAUUCCGGCGACUUUGGUCGGAAUUCACACUGUCAUUGAUUGUGCCACGGGACGUCCUGAAGAACCCCAUCAAGACGAUUGGGAAGGAAAAGUUGCUCUGAUACAAUGUGCAAAGGCUAUGGGGAUUCAGAAAUACGUCUUUUACUCAAUCCACAAUUGCGAUAAGCAUCCCGAGGUUCCUCUCAUGGAGAUUAAGUAUUGUACUGAGAAGUUUCUUCAGGAAUCUGGUUUAAACCACAUCACCAUCCGGUUAUGCGGUUUCAUGCAAGGUCUUAUUGGUCAAUAUGCAGUUCCAAUUUUGGAGGAAAAAUCGGUUUGGGGAACAGAUGCACCAACUCGUGUUGCUUACAUGGACACACAGCAACAAAUUUGCUACAUCAAAUUGCUCAAAGGAGUAAACAAGAAACUCCAAUCUCAGUAGAACACAAAAGAAAUGUUGAUUCAAAAACAUUACCAGUUGUUGUACAUGAUGAUACAGUGGUCUUGAUGAGUAGGAUGGUCUCAGGAGACUCUGCAAGCAACCUAAUUCACCAGCAAAAAACUAAAUUAUCACCAACUCA